AGCAGGCUCGGCUGUGCUGACAAUAGCGGCGAGGAAGGAGCCAGUGACUCGGGAGCCGAGAGGAGGUACGCUUGCUUGCAGAAGAUUUGUGUCGCGACUGCCUUGCAAGUAGAGUAACAUUGCCAAUUAAACAUGUCGGAUAACGGGGAAGUUGAAGACAAGCCACCAGCCCCCCCAAUGCGAAACACAAGCACCAUGAUUGGAGCGAGCUGUAAGGAUACAGGAACUCUGAACCAUGGCUCUAAGCCUCUACCCCCAAACCCUGAGGAGAAAAAGAAAAAAGACCGCUCCAUUAGGUCAAUCUUCCCAGGAGCUGGUGACAAGACAAAUAAAAAGAAGGAGCGACCAGAAAUUUCAUUGCCAUCAGACUUUGAACAUACUAUACAUGUUGGAUUUGAUGCAGUUACUGGAGAAUUCACUGGAAUGCCAGAGCAAUGGGCACGCUUACUACAAACAUCAAAUAUUACAAAAUUGGAACAGAAGAAAAAUCCUCAAGCUGUUCUGGAUGUUUUAAAGUUCUAUGAUUCAAAAGAGACAUCUAAUAGCCAGAAAUACAUGAGCUUCACAGAUAAAUCCUCAGACAGUUAUAUUUCUUCGAAUGCAUUGAAUGCUAAGGCUGUUUGUGAGUCCCUUGCAGUGCCCCCAGUAUCUGAGGAUGAUGAUGAAGAUGAGAUGACUCCUCCACCAGUGAUUGCACCACGUCCAGAGCACACUAAGUCGAUCUAUACACGAUCUGUGAUUGAGCCUCUCACUCCUCCUCCCACCAAAGAUGCAGCAACCUCUCCCAUUUCACCGCCUGCUGAAAACAGUACUACAUCAUCUAGCACCCUUGCCCGAAACACUGACAAACAAAGAAAGAAGACCAAGAUGUCAGAUGAGGAGAUUUUAGAGAAACUGAGAAGCAUUGUGAGCAUUGGAGAUCCAAAAAAGAAGUACACAAGAUUUGAAAAAAUUGGUCAGGGGGCCUCUGGAACUGUGUAUACAGCAAUUGAUAUAGCUACAGGGCAAGAGGUUGCAAUUAAGCAAAUGAAUUUACAGCAACAGCCCAAAAAAGAAUUAAUUAUUAAUGAAAUUCUAGUCAUGAGGGAAAACAAGAACCCAAAUAUUGUUAACUACUUGGACAGUUACCUAGUAGGUGAUGAGUUGUGGGUUGUAAUGGAGUACCUAGCAGGAGGAUCACUGACAGAUGUAGUUACGGAAACGUGCAUGGAUGAAGCACAGAUUGCUGCUGUUUGCCGAGAGUGCUUGCAAGCUCUGGAAUUCCUACAUUCAAAUCAAGUAAUACACAGAGACAUCAAGAGUGAUAAUAUUCUUUUAGGAAUGGAUGGUUCUGUUAAACUAACGGAUUUUGGGUUUUGUGCACAAAUUACGCCAGAACAGAGCAAGCGCAGCACUAUGGUAGGGACACCAUACUGGAUGGCUCCAGAGGUGGUGACAAGAAAAGCUUAUGGUCCUAAAGUUGAUAUCUGGUCAUUAGGAAUCAUGGCCAUUGAAAUGAUAGAAGGAGAGCCUCCAUAUCUGAAUGAGAACCCACUGAGGGCUCUUUAUCUCAUUGCAACAAAUGGUACUCCAGAGUUGCAGAACCCUGAAAAACUCUCCCCAAUAUUCAGAGAUUUUCUUAAUCGGUGCUUGGAAAUGGAUGUGGAGAAGAGAGGAUCAGCUAAGGAACUUUUACAGCACCAGUUCUUGAAAGUAGCCAAACCACUGUCAAGUCUGACUCCUCUCAUCCUGGCUGCAAAGGAGGCAGCAAAAAACAAUCGUUAACCCUCUUCCUCAAUCCUGAGCUCAUUGGUACACUUUAACUGUGGCAAGCCUGUUUCAAAUCUCAGUAGCUACAGGAAUUGUUCAUGGCAGGGCCAUGAAUGGUAGACUUACAUGUUUGAAUGAAGAACAAAACAAAAUGCAAACUGCUGAACAUUGUAAAUUUCGGCAUCUUUAAAGGGUGUGAACAUUGUGAAUUGUUCUCAAGGAUGGGCAUCCUGAAUCAUGGCUUAAUGUAGCAAAAUCCUGAUUGAUUCGUAUGCUUUCAGGACAUCAUUCGUUUCUUAAGAAAAAAAGAUAUUAAUAAAUUUGACUUAAUUGCUUUCUUAUUCCCAGUUAAAACUUUUUUUUAAAAUGUAGGCCUAAUAUUGUGACAUUUUGUGAAGAAUAGCACAUUUAUAUGAUGUCUUUUUUUUAACCAGUAAAUAUCUGGAAUAGAUCAGGGUAAGAAUUGUUUAGAAUAUAACAUUAGUUAUGUUUUGGAAUAAUACAAUUACUCAAAUGUCUACUAAAAGAUUGAGGAUACAUCUUCUGACUUUAAAAUGUUUUCACAAAGGAUUUAGUUCCAUUGGAAGUAGUACAGCAAAAGAACUACAAUAGAUGGUACACACUGUAUUUUAGAGAAGCCACAGUUGAAUGAAUCACAGGAUUUCCUGUGUUGUCAUGUUCUCUGAAGUUGUUUUGUUAUAUAUAUAUUUAUAUAUAUAUAUAUGUAUAAAUCUAUAUACAGACUUGACUAGGUGUCAUCUCUUUGAGAUGCAACAGAUCUCUUGUUAAAGAGAGUAAAAUCAGUUUUGAUUUAAUUGCACAAAUGUUUUAAAUGUGAAAAAAACAUUACUAAUACAUCCUGGAAAAUUAAACUUAUCUGGAUUUUUUUCAAUGACUGAUCCACGUGCACUAACAGUUUUAAUGCUUUUGGAAGAGCGAAUGAAUUUGAACAUUUUUCCUCUUCCUCUUUUUAUUUAAGAAUGUGGCUAGCUGAAAUAUUGAUUUUUUUCCUUAAUUUUUGUAAUAAUUAUGAUUUUUAUACCUUCAUCUUGGUACUGGCAUGCUUCCAUUUUGUUUGCAUGCCUGUUCAUUAUUUCUUAAACCUCGGAGAGAAAAAAGUUCUGAAUGGUUCAGCAUAUUUAAGAGGAUUUAAAAAGAUGUUAGCUUUCUUAUUUUCCUGUCUUUCUGAAGAGCAUUAGCUAUCAUUUGGUACUAAAGAAACAUAAUUUGAUUUUCACUUAGACUUCUGUAAUUCUGUGCUCCCAGAACACAUUACUGUUGUUCAUUCAAAAGGUAUAUGCACUUAUUGUUUUUCUUUCUUCUAGAAAAAAAAUUACUAAUUUCCCUGUUGAUGUAUGUCAGGAGAAGUUACUACGCUAUUCCAUAACUUGCAUUCAUAUUAUGUGUAUUUUGAAUUGAUAAGUUAGCACAGGUAUGAAAUGCAGUGAAUCACUCAGAUUACAUUGUAUUGUCCAGUUGUGUUUCAUUGUUUGCUGUUUCUUUCUUCAUACAAUUCCCAAAAAAAGUCCUUUUUAUUGCUAAUAUGUCUGCCAGAAAACUUUUAAGAAAUCUUUUAGUUUGUGCAGAAAUAUAACCUGCAGUGCUGAAGUUCAUAGAUAUUUGAUUUAUAUUGUCUAAUUUUAUGGUGUACCAAAUAUUUGUAUAAUUGGGUGCAGUUCAAACUUGAGAUUAUCAUUUAUUGUGCCUAUAUAUAACUGUGGCCAAAUGGGUUUCUAAGGAAUUAAUUUACUUAGACACGACAUUUACUGCUCUGCGUUUUCUGUGUCUAGUAUUGGUCAAUGAUGUUUAAAUUAAUAUCCUCUGCCCAUAGCUUACUUUAUUCGUGGUACUACAGUUCAUUGCCUAUUAAAAGCUGUCCAUGGUGCUGAAAUUUGUUAAAGAUUAUUUUGUCUCAAUUUCCAUUAAAUGGUACUGAAUAUUGGUUUAGGUUUUACAGUAUUUUGAGUUUCAUCUGCAUACAUCAAAUACCAUAUUCAGUCUUUUACCCUUUUCAGAGCUGUCUGUAUUGCUGCUAACCCACCUGUAUGGCACAUAAUUUUGUGUGUGUGAAUGUCAAACCCAGCAAGUAAAACACAUAGGUCAGAUGUGCCUGGAUUCCUGAUACUUUGUACCUGCAGGCAUUGACUCUGCAGGGCUCAGAUCUCUGCAUGUUGCUCAGGACUGUUCCUACAUUUAUACUGAAAUUUUUUGAGUUUUUUAAUAAAUUAUUUUUUGGGUUCAAUAUUAAAAUGUUUUCUUAAAUUCUUUUAAAGAGAGAAUGUUGAACAAGUUUUUUUGUGAGUACAAUGGUACAAUGACAAUACUUUUUGUGGGUGCAAUUCCCUAAACCUUUUAAAAAUAUUUAUUUAAGCAAUAUGAUUUUAAAGUGAAAUAAUGGGGGGUAAUAAUGGCACAGAUUUAUACCAAGAGUGGCUGGAUCUCUGUUUUCUGAAUAAAGUUGUGUCCUUUGUAAAGCA